GGACGUGGAGCGCAAGACGGAGGGCGAAACCGACGAGGAGCCGCGGGAUCGAAGGGAAAAGGGGGUGAAGUGGAAGAUUGGAGAUAGUGGCGUCAACGGGUCGUGAAGGAUGCGGCGAACACUUGAUCGACUGCGAUUCGAACAAUGGACCCGGUAUAUCGAGUGUGAACACGAAGAGACGAAUUCAAGGGCGGUAUUGGACGGUCCGAAUAUGGUUCUCACGGAGGAGGGAGAGGGUGGAGGUGGUCGAAAGAAUCCAGAAUUGGGGGCAGAAAGACGCAAAGUGUCCGAUCAAAGAAACCUUGACCGGGGGAGUAAAAGAAGGUUUUCGUGGCGGGAGGGUCGUGACACAGAAACACCCAAACCGGAAAGAAGAUUGAGAACGCAAACCAAACGAAUGGAUGGAUGGGGACGAUCCGAGAGAGGGAGAGGGAGAGAGAGAGAGAGGGAGGGAGGGAGGAAGAGAGAGGAAGGAAGAAGUGAAGAUGAGGCUAGAACACAGAGACAGGCUAGUCAACUCCCGUACGCAGACUAGUUCAAGGAUGAUCUCCAGGGUAGAAAAAGACACGAAUCAGGGAGGAAAGAGAGAGGAAAGUAAAUUAAGAAAAGCAGUGAAGG